AUGUCAUCGACGGGUAUUUGUUUAGACGUCGCCAUCGAUCAUCGCAUCCGACAGCUGCUUAAGCCAAGAGCUAAUGGAAAGGUGAAUUCUUUAUACAGUGACCACGUGGAAAAGCUUCAAGAACUGUAUCCAUUCGUCCAUAGGAAAUGGCUUGAUCCUUCUCAUGAGUUGCUAGUCACCGAAGAGCUCGCGAAACCUCUUACCCAGGGUGGCAUUGUCGUGGCUUUACUGCGUCCAGCCGAUUAUCAUCCAUUCUCAAAGGGAGUUGAUGUCGUUGUUGAGAAGUCUCCCACCCUGCGAGCACUACGGGAUGUAUUUGCACUCGUCGGCCUAGACUUGGUUCAACACAUCACCGUUCUAGACUCUCUACCUUUUCUGCGGAAAGCAGAUCGAUCUACACGGUUCGAAGACGACGAAAAAUAUACGAGAGCUCUCAAUGAGCAUCAUGCAGCGUUCUUAGAUGCAGUGGUUGCAAAGCGCCCAGAUGUCGUACUUUGCAUGUGGCAGACCCGAGACGAACCUCAAUGCAAUUGGCCUGGGCGUGCUCUUGGGAGCAUAGGUGUUGGUGAGGUCUUUCCCAAUGAAAAGGUAGUUCUAUGUGAUCGCCAUGGCAAUCGUAUCGAAACAAAAAGAGUCAAUGCCUUUCACCCGAGCCACUGUAUGAACUAUGUUUGCGAAUAUAGCCAGCCCAGACAGUUGCUUAUGCUUGAGAUUGCACGCGCCUGGCAUUUGAUGGAUUCAAGCUGGCACGAAGAACCCUGGAUGGCAGAGCUAAGGAAUAGCUGGAAGAAAAAGAAGACUGGUUUGAAUGACGGAUUACCAGAGGGUAAGUCUCGCAGUCCCCGCAGAUUGGAUCCGGACAGGCCAAUGCUGACGUGGAGUGUUGCUAGGUAUGAAGACACCGUACGCCUGCCUAUCUUUACAUGGUUUAUCCAUUCACCUAGUACGAUCACUGAUUAUGUUGGUAGAUUGAAUGAGUUAUAUGCCAAAGCUGUGGCGGAGAUACAAAACCUACUCCCAGAGCUAAAAUUAGCUGACAAAAGCUCUGAAAAGCUGCUGUACGAUAAGCUAACCAAGGCCGAUUGGACACAGCACAUGAAUGAUGCAUCUCUCUGUCUCAGGGCAGCUUCUAAAAAGCUCAAAGAACUAUCUCGCAACAAGGACAACGUCGAGUUUCAUCAUACAAUUGGCCCCCAGGGAGACAUGGUCAGUCGGACCAUGGGGCUUGUUAUGGACCUCGCUAUGAAGCUCGCGAGUCCGGGAGUAAUGAUGAAGCCAAGGAUGUACCAAGGCAGUGGCUUCUUUUCCGAAAGCUUUUUGGAAUAUCUCCGCCAUGAAAAGACUCAAAAAAGACAAUGUUGGUUUCGAAGCUCUGCUCUCAAAAGAACUUUGGUCGAUUUCCUACUGGAGCUUAACGACGCCUUCUCUGAUGCAGAUGCCGGAGGCCCAAUUCGACUACAAAUGUCCCUUGGAAAAGCUUCCGACGCAUUUUUAACAUUGGCGAACAAAAUGGAGGGAUUGCUGAGCACUUUGGCUGGGUAUCCGGAACAAGAGCAGCCACUGGAAGACGAGGCCGAACAAGAGGUCAACCCAGACCCAGAUGUGGCCAGCGCCGAAUUGAUCCAGCGACUUCGAGAUUUGGGAAUUUUGCACUAA